UUUCAUAUGAAAUGUGUUAGAACCAAAUUUCAAACAUGGGACUUCAAAUUUCAAAACAUGCCUAGCGUUAUCAAGAGGCAUUACCUCAGAUUCUAAAGAAGUUGAUUGGGCAACACCUGGCUAUCAACACUACCAACAGAAUUGACGUUAAAAUGCUAAGAUCAAUGGUGAUAAGUAACACCCACUUAUAUGAUUGUACACCCACCAACAGACAGGUAUAAAGAGCAGUACUAAAAAGAAUCAUUACAUUUAAGGACCACUUAACCGCUCAACAGGAAUUCGCCCAAAAAGAGUCAACAUGGCGAAAUACGUUGUGACUGUCCACACAUACAACAUCGCAAAUGCCACCACGAUGAACAACGUCUACAUCAAACUGGUUGGUGAAAAAGGAGAGAGCAAACGCACAUGGCUUUUCCACUUGGACGGAGGCUUUAUUCAAGGCACGACGUCGUGUCCAUUUGAGGUUAGUUGCCCCACAUCCCUUGGCAGACUGCUGCUGAUAGAGCUAGACCUGCAGUCCCUCCCACUCUUACCUACAGACGGCUGGUUCCCGUCUAAGAUUGUCGUGAAGACGCCAGAGGGAGACACGUGCCACUUCCCUGUCUACCGUUGGAUUCUGGACAAGGAGGUGCACCGGUUCAGAGAGGGCACCGCAAAAAGACUCUGUGAUGAAGAAAGUAAUCUGGCCAAGUAUAGCAGGGAAAAGGAGAUAAAGACCAGGACAGAGCAGUACUGUUGGGAUACAUACAAAGAGGGUUUUCCUGGCAACGUAAAGACAGACAAUCCUCUGACUCUUCCUCCUGAAGUCCGCUUCUCCUUCAGCAAGACCACCCAGUUUGUCUUCACUGCUGCCACUGGGAUAACUGAGCUGAAACUCAAGGGGUAUUCUGACUCCACGAAGAACUGGAAAAAUCUUGAUGAAAUCCGUAAACUCUUCAGCAGCAAACGGACCGUCGUCUCAGACUACGUACAAAAACACUGGAAGGAAGACGAGUUCUUUGGGUAUCAGUAUCUGAAUGGCUUCAACCCUAUGUUGAUCUGUCGCUGCUCCGUGUUGCCGGAUAAUUUCCCAGUCACAGAAGACAUGGUCAGGCCCUCCCUGAGUGGAACAUGCAGCCUCUCAAAGGAAUUGAAGAGCGGAAACAUAUUCCUGCUUGACUACAAGAAGCUGGACGGAUUAAAGCCGAACGUGAUAAAUAAGAAAAAGCAGUACAUGGCCGCUCCUCUGGUGCUGCUCUACAGGACCCCGGUUGACACACUGGUGCCAAUCGCCAUUCAGCUGAAGCAAGAGCCUGCAGGUGAUAACCCCAUCUUCCUUCCCACUGACUCUGAGUAUGACUGGCUCCUUGCCAAGAUCUUUGUGAGGAGCGCCGACUUUCAAGAGCACCAGCUCAACGUCCACUUGCUUCGCACCCACCUACUAGCUGAGGUGUUUGCGGUAUCACUGCUGCGCAACAUGCCCAUGGUGCACCCCCUCUACAAGCUUUUGAUUCCACACGGCCGCUACACCCUCCAGAUCAACGUCCUGGCCCGGGCACUUCUGAUAUCUGAAAAAGGAGUUUUCACUGAGUUUGCCGCUUCAGGCGGGGAGGGAAUGAUCGAGAUGCUGAGAAGAUCGGUGGCCGAGUUGACUUACAGCUCCCUCUGCAUAACGGAGGACAUCACUGCACGAGGAAUGGACGACAUCCCCAACUUCUACUACAGGGACGAUGGACUCAAGUUGUGGGACAUCAUCCACAGAUUUGUUAACGGAGUACUAGGUUUCUAUUACAAGAACAACUCGGAGGUCCAGAACGAUCACGAACUACAGAUUUGGAUCAAGGAUAUCUUUGACCAUGGCUUCCUGGCCCAAGAUAAGACCGGAAUCCCUCAGUCUUUUUCCACUGUGACAGAAUUAGUGAAGUUCGUCACCAUGGUGAUCUUCAUCUCUUCCUGCCAACAUUCUGCUGUUAACUCUGGACAGUAUGACUACGGUAGCUGGAUGCCCAACACACCCAUCAGCUUGCAACAGCCACCUCCCACCACCAAGGGGCAGUCUACUGAGAGCACCAUGCUGGAAACCCUCCCCAACGUCGGCACCACAGCACAGGGCAUGUCCACCAUGUGGCUCCUUAGCAAGCAGGCCUCUGACUUUGUUGCCCUUGGCCAGUACCCAGAUGAGCAUUUCUAUGAGGCACAACCCUGUAACAUGAUAAAAAACUUCCAGGCAGAACUGAAAGCCUUUAGUGAGUCUGUCAAUGCCAGGAACGCCACGUUACCAGUGCCAUACACCUACUUGGACCCGGCUGUAGUGGAGAACAGUGUGGCCAUUUAGAUUAGGCACCAAAUGGAAGGCAGGACUGGGAUGAUUGGGACUUUGUUACUUGGUCAACACAACCCAUGUUGACAACCUGCCACACCUUUAAUCUGUCCAACCUGAAAUUAUAUUUAAGAGUUACCACUGAAUGGAUUCAUUUGUACUCUUAGAUACUACUUUUUUGGUGGUCAUCAGGGUGGGUUGGAACCAAUGUUAUUUUUCCAUUUGUUUAAUUCUGAACAUUUAGUUAAUUCCCAUAAUUAGUAAAGGAUUCCAAUUGAUUUGAGUUAAGGUAUGUCCCAUCUGUGUCCACCACAGAAAGAGCGAUUUUACAGCAGCAUUUAGGAGAAAUUGAAAAGGUAUAUUGCAUCUCUAUGGAGACGUUGGAGAAAUGGAUAUGUUUAGGAGAAAUUGACAUUUAAAAGCAUAGUACAUCUCUAUGGAGACGUUGGUGCUGUCACACUUAAAGCCACAAUACAGCCUCAAUUCCCGUAAUUUGUUAAUGAUUCCACUUGAUUUGAGUUAAGGUAGGUAGUUCUUUUUCAAUUGAAUUGUUCACACUAUAGGUCACAUUAAAGGUGGAAACAUUUCUGACAUGAUUUAUCUUUGUC